GAUCGCGUAGCUGGGGGUGAGGGAGGCGGCAUAGAGAGUCCUUAGCAGUACAGAGAUGUUAGAGGGGUGAAGGUGGGAGAACAGGGCGCACUUUAGAUUUUUAGACAGAUGUUCUGAAAUGGACACCGUAUACACAGAGAACUAAGGACUUCAGGAGAGUUUCUGUAUUGUAAAUAACCAGAGAUAACAUUAACUCAGAUGUACUGAACUGAAUGUAUAGUAACUACGGGGAAGGUUAGAGAGCCUAUCACAAGGAUGAACGAACAAGAGAUGAAGCAGCAGAAAUAGAGCUUCCAUUUCCGAGGAGCUCAGGUCGUAUGUGCUUAGUUUGAAAGCAGCAAGUUACACGUGAAUUCUUUACGGCACUACAAGGACUGAGUACUGGCACAGCGGCUGGGCGGGGCAACGGAAGGCAAGGGGCGUGGCCCGGGUGGGCAGUGUGUGUGCUGUGUGCUGCUAGUUCUCAAGCUCCAGUUGGGACACAGUGGGGAGGGAAUGGUACUGUGUCGCUGCCUGGGGGGUGUUGAUGUCGUUCCUGACAGAUGUACCGGGAUCCUCCGAAGCCUAUUUAAAUUGGGACAUAUCACUAUUUUUUCUGCCCACCAGUGAUCGGAAAUGAACGGAUGAAGCUGCUGGUAGUGAAGCAAGGGGUUAAAAGAAUUAUGGUGUAUGUUCAUGUAUAUCCAUCACGAGUUAAGCCUCAGUGCGCACCGGCCAGUCUUGCAGUACUGGAUAUAGAAGCUGUCGCUGCGAUUUCUGGUGUCAAUUGUCUAGAAGCAGGAGACUUGUUAUUUUUGUAGUUGGGUUGUCUGUGGAAAGAGUGCAGAAUGGGGGGUAACCUUGGGUGCCAUCGGUCCAUCCCUAAGGAUCCCUCAGAUCUAUGCCAAAAGAGCCGCAAAUACAGCGCAGCGUGCAACUUCAGCAACAUCCUGGUGAGUCAGGAGAGGCUGAACAUUAACUCUGCCACUGAGGAGGAACUCAUGACCCUGCCGGGGGUGACAAGGCAAGUUGCCCAGAAUAUAGUGGAGUACAGGGAGUAUAUUGGGGGCUUCAAAAAAGUGGAAGACCUGGCGCUGGUGAGUGGUGUGGGUGCUGCCAAGCUGGAGCAGGUUAAGUUUGAGAUUUGUGUGAGCAGUAAGGGGGGGUCAUCCCAGCAUUCCCCUAAUUCCUUGAGAAAGGACACGGAAUAUGGGCAGCAUUUGUCUGCUGCCAGGUUCAAUUUGAACACUGCUUCUGCUGCCCAGCUCAUGAACCUCAGGGGGCUUACCCAGGAGAUGGUCCAAGAUAUUGUUCAGUACCGCAGUCAGCAUGGUCCACUCAAAAGCAUUGAAGAUCUGGUUAAGGUUGAAUCUAUUAGCCCAUCUUUGCUGGAUAAAAUCAGACAUCAGUUUUAUGUCCAGAGGUCUCGGCCUUCUUCCACACAUACCAACGGAGGGUUACAUUUUAUGGCAAAACCUCACCCCAGCCCAACAUCUAUAAGUCUGCACAGUGAAGAUUUGGAUUUUCCACCUGGGGGUCCUACCCAGUUUAUUUCAACUCGGCCGCCUGUGGAGUUGUUUGGUGGUGAGAGGGAGGGCAAGCCAGUGCUCAGGGUGGCAACUUGGAAUCUGCAGAACUGUAGCCUGGACAAAGCCAGCAAUCCUGGAGUGAGAGAAGUUGUGUGCAUGACCCUGCUAGAGAACAGCGUCAAGCUACUGGCUGUUCAGGAGCUGUCUGACAAAGAUGCACUGGAAAAGUUAUGCACAGAAUUAAAUCAACCAUCACUGCCUAACAUUCGUAAGUGGAAGGGAAUAAGGGGAUCGUGGAAGUGUGUUAUUUCUGAAAAGCCAUUAUCCAGCUCAAGUGAGAAAGAAGAAUAUUUUGGUUUCAUGUGGGAUGUCUCAGCUGGCAUAGAACUAAAAAAUGUUAUUUUAGCAGAAAAUAUGCAAACUAAUGGAAAUGGCAAGCACAUGUAUCUACAGCCCUACAUUGCACAUUUUAAGGUUGGAACAUGUGAUGUGGCCUUAGUGAAUAUUCACUUGUUCCCUCCAACAGUGGAAACUGUGAAGCAUCAGAAUGACACAUACAAAUCAGCAACCUUUGGCCAAACGCUGCAGGAGACCCUGAAAAGUGAGAGAGAUGUCAUCAUUAUGGGGUGUUUCAGUCUUCCAGCAGACGCCAGUGAGUUUGAUUCACUGAGAAAAGAAAAGUUCCAAAACCUGCUUCCUCCUAACACCUUUACCAAUAUUAGCACCAAGAACCCGCAAGGCAACAAGUCCCUGGACAAUAUCUGGAUCAGUAAAAGCCUAAAAAAGAUUUUUACAGGAUACUCCUUAGUUGUAAGAGAAGGCCUUACAAAUCCCUGGAUCCCAGAUAACUGGUCCUGGGGUGGAGUGGCUUCGGAACACUGCCCUGUGCUAGCAGAGUUUUACAUGGAUAGAGACUGCAACAAGAAGGAAAUGGCUACGAAGGCAAAUGGAAUGACAGCGGAACGCAAUGACACAAAACAUGAAAGAUGAAAAAAAAACAGAGUAGCUGGGUCAUUUUAGUGGAACAAGUGGGUAAUAUCCCUCAUGUGUCGACUGUAAACUUUAAAAAGGAACUGCUAUGCCUUGCACAUCUUGCAUAUUAAUGUUUGGUUUCGAAUAUCCCGCAACCUCUCAUGCUAGAACUGGAUAUUCUAGAGUAUCCAAUUGCAAUAGAACAGCUGCUGUCUGUAACUUUUCUCUGCCUUCUGUGGCCGCUUGGCUGCACAUGGACUUUUGAUAUGGAUAUACACUGUGCAAUAGAGAGAAAACGAUCUUUAUACAUUUCAGUGGGACAAUACAGAUUUCUGGGAAAGAUUUUCUUUUAUUUUUAAUGUUUUUGCUAAGCAAUGCAAUAACAUAAGACCAUUAACACUGUCAUUUUCCUUAAAAUUAAUUAAAUUACACAAAGUAAUGAAAGUACUUUUA